AUGAAGCAGUUUGGAUCAAAGGCGUCUUCAAUUUUGUUGGUUUUGUUGAUAGUGAGGGCUCUGGUGGUACAAGGCCAAACCACUCAAUGCACAAGCACUUUCUUCUCUGCUCUUGUGCAGCUCAUACCUUGCAGGUUAUCAGUUGCCCCAUUCAGUCCCAUUCCUCCAAGUGAUGCCUGCUGCAGUGCCAUUAAGGCUCUAGGGCAGCCCUGCUUGUGUGUCCUUGUCAAUGGCCCUCCGAUCUCCGGCGUAGACCGGAAUAUGGCCUUGCAGCUCCCAGAGAAAUGCACCACCAACUUUGAGCCAUGUGAUAUCAUGAAGUGA